CUGAGGUCGGGGGGCUAGGCUGCUCCGUCGCGGUGCUGGGUUGGAUCGCUUUCGCUUCGUGGCCUCUGGACUGUGCAGAGCUGCCCUUGGGCUGGUGGGAGGAGUCUCCGAGCUCCUGUCGCCCUCUGCGCCCCCAGCCUCCAGAGCCAGCCUCUGAACUCCUUGUCGCCUUGGGGCAGGGCUCCGGCACCAGAUCCGGGGCCCCCGGGAGGUUAGUUGUAUCUGUCACAGCCUAGUUCAGACCCCUGUGAUCACAACACAGAAUUAUUCCAACAGGCUCCUUGGCGUUCCUGAACAAUUCAUCUUGGUGUGCUGUUUUCCGGUUGUGAUCGCACCAUGGAAAACCAGUUGGCUAAGUCAACUGAAGAACGGACAUUUCAGUACCAGGAUUCUCUUCCAUCACUGCCUGUUCCUUCACUUGAAGAAUCAUUAAAGAAAUACCUUGAAUCAGUAAAGCCAUUUGCAAAUGAAGAAGAAUAUAAGAAAACUGAAGAAAUUGUUCAAAAAUUUCAAAAUGGUCUUGGAGAAAAAUUGCAGCAGAAAUUACUUGAAAGGGCAAAAGGAAAAAGAAAUUGGCUGGAGGAGUGGUGGCUGAAUGUUGCCUACCUGGAAGUUCGUAUACCCUCCCAACUGAACGUCAACUUUGUGGGGGCUGCGCCCCAUUUUGAACACUACUGGCCUGCAAAGGCAGGCACUGAACUGGAAAGAGGAAGCAUAAGUCUUUGGCAUAACAUGAACUACUGGCAGCUGUUAACAAAAGAAAAACUGCCUGUUGAUAAAGUUGGGACUACUCCUCUAGAUAUGCACCAAUUCCGAAUGCUGUUUAACACCUGCAAGGUUCCAGGAAUUACUAGAGAUUCAAUUAUAAAUUAUUUUAGGACUGAGCAUGAAGGGCAUUGCCCAAGUCACAUUGUAGUGCUGUGUCGAGGCCGAGUUUUUGCCUUUGAUGUAAUACACGAAGGAUGUUUGAUCACCCCACCAGAGAUUCUCAGGCAAUUGACGUAUAUUCAUAAGAAGUGCCAUAGUGAACCUGUCGGACCUGGGAUAGCAGCAUUAACUAGUGAGGAGCGAACUCGAUGGGCCAAGGCACGAGAAUAUUUAAUUAGCCUUGAUCCAGAGAACUUGACUAUUUUAGAAAAAAUUCAGAGCAGUUUACUAGUAUAUUCCAUAGAGGAUGGCAGACCACACAUAACACCAGAAGAUUAUUCUGAGAUUACUGCAAUGAUCCUUAUUGGAGACCCAGCAGUACGCUGGGGUGACAAGUCGUAUAACUUGAUUUCCUUUUCUGAUGGAUUAUUUGGCUGUAUUUGUGAUCAUGCUCCUUUUGAUGCAAUGGUUAUGGUAAACAUCAGCCAUUAUGUUGAUGAGAAGAUUUUAGAGAAUGAAGGAAGGUGGAAGGGUUCAGAAAAAGUACGGGAUAUACCACUUCCUGAGGAGCUUGUCUUCACUGUGGAUGAGAAAAUAUUAAAUGACAUCAGUCACGCUAAAGCCCAGUAUUUAAAGCAGGCAUCUGAUCUACAGAUUGUGGUGCGUCCCUUUAGAUCUUUUGGCAAACAGCUAACCAAGAAGAAGAGGCUUCAUCCUGAUACGUUUAUUCAGCUUGCACUUCAUCUGGCCUAUUAUAGACUUCAUGGACGCCCUGGUUGCUGCUAUGAAACAGCUAUGACAAGAUAUUUUUAUCAUGGUCGUACAGAGACUGUGCGAUCAUGUACAACAGAAGCAGUCAGGUGGUGCCAAUCCAUGCAGGACCCUUCUACCAGUCUUCUUGAGCGGCGGCGAAAGAUGUUACAAGCUUUUGCAAAACAUAAUAAAAUGAUGCAAGAGUGUUCAGCUGGAAAAGGAUUUGACCGACAUCUUUUAGGUCUUUUACUCAUAGCAAAAGAGGAAGGUCUCCCUGUCCCAGAACUCUAUAAGGACCCACUUUUCUCCAAAAGUGGAGGAGGUGGAAACUUUGUUCUCUCAACAAGUCUGAUUGGUUACUUAAGAAUCCAAGGAUUGGUGGUUCCCAUGGUACACAAUGGCUAUGGAUUUUUCUAUAGUAUCAGAGACGACAGGUUCGUUGUGGCCUGUUCGGCCUGGAAAUCAUGUCCAGAGACUGAUGCAGAAAAACUAGUUCGGCUGAUUUUCCGUGCUUUCCAUGACAUGAUGCAGCUGAUGAACUCUGCUUAUCUUUAGAGAGUAUUCAUGAAGCACUUAACCAAAAUACAUCCUUUAAACUGGGUGCUGGGAGUAGGCUGCUGAGGUGAGACUUGAAAGAAACCUGUUAAGUGUAGAAAUUUAUAGAAUCAUGCUCUCUAAAUUUAUUCUGACAUAGAAAGUAGAAAUAUUUUUAAGCUUCCUCUGAUGCAGCAGCAAUGCAAAUAUUAUGACAUAGUGAAUACAGAACUAUGCAAAGUUUAAGAUAAGCCUCAACAAUGCAAAUCUACAACUUUUAACAAUGCAAGUCUUAUUCUAAUUUUUCAAUAUUUUUGUUGGUACCUGCAUGGGUUAUAAAUUAUCUCUCUAAACAUUGUAGAGUCUAUCUUUCAAGCACUUUAACAUUUUCUAGUUGCCAGUGAGUGUGAAAUACACGAUUGGAUGCUCAUUUCCUUGAAAUCUGUCUCCCACACAUCGCAGGAAUACAAGCCUACUAUAUUUGGGAACAACCACUACAAUUUAAUGAUCUAACAGAAAAAAAAAAAAAGAGUUUCUGUUGAACACACAGAAUUAAGUUGUAGAAGGGAGGUUUACGCCCUCUGACACACAAAAAAAAGCCCUAACAAAAUGCAUUAUAGUAUAUUGUAAUUAGUUUUGUGAAUAUAAAAUUAAAGCACUUAUAUUUAAAAAUAGUUGUCAGUGACUUUAAGAGGAUUAAAUAUUGAAUAUCAGAAUCUCAGGAUUUUACAGUUUUUUCUCCUCUCUUCAGUUUUGUAGUUUUUACUCUUAGAAAGUAAAAUUCUCAAAAUCAUAUAGUUUCUUGUUUUGUGUUUGAAUAAGUGAUUCAUUCUCAUUUGACUUUAUACUUUCUGAUCUCAGUUAUGUAUUGUUGUGUAAUAAACCAGCCAGAACGUACUGUC